AUAGAUUAUUUGAGUCUUCAACAUGAGGAUCUGAAAUAAAGCAGAGGAGGCUAUAAAAAGAUAUGAAGCAGACGAGACAAGAUCUGAGAGGAAACGUCUGCUGGAACUUUACCUUCUUUAACAUCUGAAGUAAAGCAACAUGGAGAUGAGACAGAAUCUGUUGGAGCCACAAUCACAGAAGAUGUGUGGACGUAGAUAUCCUGCUGCUUUAGGAAACAUAAUAAAGGAGACACAUUCUACUCAUAUUCAAGGUUCUGAAGCUCAGUCUGCUCUGAUUGGCCAACUGGCACAACUCUGUUGGGAUUGGUCAGCCACCUCCAGGUGUGUAGGAACUGCUCUGUUUGUUAGGGGCGUGUCAGAGUCAGUGUCCUCCCUUCACCACGGAACUUUCAUCUUUAACUUUGACGGACUUUAACAAACUCAGAACUAUAACUCAUUACAGGAAAAGAAAAAACUGAAAAAUGCAGAAUAUGUCUCCUUUAAAUUCUGGGUGAUCAGAAUCCGCCUUGUGAAACAACAAUGAUCCAAAGCAAACUUUAAAAUCCACCUUGAAGAAACACGUCGAAGCCUCUGACUGAUUAUAAACAUGAAACACAUUUAAUAUCUCAGAUCUGGACGAAGAUAAACUAUUAAAGUUGUUUACAGGCUGUAUGUGUGUGUGUGUGUGCGUGCGUGCGUGCGUGCGUGUGUGCGUGCGUGUGAUGCAUGUCAACUCAUGACCGUGUGCUCCAGGUUUCAUCACACAUCGUCCAUCGAUGCAGUCGUCAGUCACCAUCUCAAACAGAUUCUCUGCUGUAAAAAGGUUUUGUCUGAUUUCACAAGAUCUUUUCGAUCUAUUCCGUCUCAAUGUGUCCCAGGAAAACUCUGCCGGCCGAGAUGAUCUCCAGGAACGACUUCAGCGUGUGGAGUAUCCUGAAGAAAUGCAUCGGCAUGGGGCAGGAAGCGACUUUGGAGAAAGAUUCUUUGUCACUGAUGAUUUUACUUGUUCUGGUCGGGAAUCGAACCAGCGGCCUCGGGUGUGUGAGACAGACGCACUAACCUUGAGACCAGAACCUCUGAGUCAACGCGUAGCUUCAGGUGUCAGGGAGUUUUGUGAGGAACUGUCCAAAGUUGCGAUGCCGGUCGAGUUUAACGAGCCGCUGAGUUUCCUCCAGAGAAUGUCGGAGUACAUGGAACACGCUCACCUGAUCCACAAGGCCUGUGGCCUGUCGGACUCCCUGGAUCGGAUGCAGGUCGUCGCUGCGUUCGCUGUCUCAGCUGUUGCAUCUCAAUGGGAACGGACUGGAAAACCAUUCAACCCUUUACUGGGGGAGACGUACGAACUCGUCAGAGAGGAAGAGGGGUACCGGUUGAUCUCGGAGCAGGUGAGCCACCACCCGCCCGUCAGCGCCUUCCAUGCUCAGUCUCUGAAGCAGGAGUUCGAGUUCCACGGAUCCAUUUGCCCCAAACUCAAGUUCUGGGGCAAAAGUGUGGAGGCGGAGCCCAAAGGCACUAUGACCCUGGAGCUACUGAAACAUAAAGAAACGUACACGUGGACUAAUCCCAUGUGCUGUGUGCAUAACAUCAUCUUGGGGAAACUGUGGAUUGAGCAGUACGGGACUGUGGAGAUAUUCAACCACAGCACGGGGGAGAAGUGUGUGUUAAACUUCAGACCCUGUGGGAUGUUUGGGAAAGAGCUGCACAAGGUCGAAGGUCACAUCCAAGACAAGAGCAAGAAGAGGCGGCGGGUGAUUUACGGGAAGUGGACGGAGAGCAUGUACAGCGUCGACCACAAGGUUUAUGAAGCGUUCAGGAAGUCUGACAAGAAGACAGGAGGAGACGGGAAGAAGCUGAGACAGGAACAAAGCUGUGAAGCUGAGGACGCAGAUGACAUGCCUGAAGUUGAAGAGACUGUUACUGUGAUACCAGGAAGUGCCUUACUUUGGAGGAUAACACCUCGACCUGCUCAGUCAGCGCAGAUGUAUAACUUCACCAGCUUCGCCAUGACACUGAACGAGCUGGAGCCUGACGUGGAGCUGCUGCCCCCGACCGACUGCCGACUGAGGCCCGACGUCAGAGCCAUGGAGAACGGAGACAUCGACGCAGCGAGUACAGAGAAAGAACGAUUAGAGGAGAAGCAAAGAGCCGCAUGCCGGGAACGUUCCCAGGACGAGGAGGAGUGGUCGACCAGGUGGUUCCAGGUGGGAACCAACCCCCACACGGGGGCCGAGGACUGGAUCUACACCGGAGGAUACUUCGACAGGAACUACUCCGACUGUCCCGACAUCUUCUGACCAGUUCACGUGACGAGUUCACUGCUGCUGCUGGAGUCAAUGAAAUGUUUUUCAGAGAAUCUGACUGAACGUCGUCCACAGGAAACAAUGUGAUAUUAAGGAGAAUGUUAGAGUUUACUUACUGCAAAUGUUGACAUCAAAUUUCUUGGUCUUUAUUUUCCCAAAUGAUGACAAUAAUCGUCCACGUUUGUUCCUCACCUGCGACACGAUGUUCACAUGGUCACGUUUAGUUCAGGUACAAGUAGAAAACAUGUUGCACUGUCAGGUGUUAUUCAGACAUCUGCUACUUUUAUAUACACACACGUAUACAUAUAUAUAUAUAUAUAUAAAUAUAUAUAUAUACACACGUAUAUAUAUAUAUAUGUAUCUAUCGCUAUAUAUGUAUCUAUAUGUAUAUGGGCUAUUUGAAUAUUAGAUGUCUAUUGUAGUUCGCACUAAACAUCACUAAAACAUAGUGAAAUGGUGAAAUUGAAAGCUGCUCAUCACCACGGGACGAUGACGUUGGUACAUUAUACUGUAUUAUAUGGUUGUCCACUGUAACGUAGAUAAUAUAUAACUGGUGCAAGAUUCACACCUGUUAAAGCCAUAAAACCUUUUUCUGCACUGAGUAUAACGAUGUAAAUGUUCCACAGAACAUUGACGCAAAGGGAAACGAAGCGUCGGAAACCUGGUGAAAUAAUAUUAAUAAUAAUAAUAUUAAUAAUUCAAAGUGAAGGUGAUUUUUAACUCGUCACAGCUCCAGUCACGUGGGGAAAGUUAAUUUCCACUUUAUAUUUGUUGAUAUUAACAAAUUGGCACCAGUAAAUAUAUAUAUAUUCAUAUUAAGCUGUUUCUUUUUGACCCAUUGACGAGGAGCCGCCUGUUACUGGAUCCCUGAUAAUUCAGUCAAGUUCUCUGGUUACAAGGACUUUUAUUAAAUGAUAUGUGAUAUCAUAUCCUGGAGGGUCAUAUUUUCAUCAUGUCAGAUUCAACUCCUCUUCACACACGGACACAGAAAGGAACUGUUCCCAGUUUGACCAGCGUCAGUAGGAACAGAUCUCAUGAACUGUGAAAACAAACAAUAAACCACGUGAUGAUGAUAUGACUCAUCACAUGUCUUACUGUACAUCAGUGUUGACAUGUUCCAACCUGGUAUGAAACAUCUGGUCUUCACCGAGCUGCUGUUCCUGACCAACAUCUGAGAUGUCACAGUUAAAUCACAAAACCAUAUGAACACAAGGAAAAUGUAAUAAAUACAUGAAAAUGUCAAA